AUGGAGGCGGACUGGGAUGAAGUCUCCCAAAUUACUGUCCCCGCCCCGGGACCACACGUUUUACCUACUAUCGCCUCUACUAUUGCCUUUGACGAUGUACAAGAAUUGCUCUGGGCCGGCAAUGAAUUUGGUCGUGUCUGUUCUUUUUACGGCCCCGAGUUGCAAAGGUAUACCUCAGUCAAAGCGCACCCGACCCAAGAAGGCCCUGUCCGACAGUUACUUUUUCACCAAAGAGGAGUGCUAUCUUUAUCGUCGAAAAGCGUCCAUCUAUCCUCGCGUCGUGGCUUAACACAAUGGCAUAUCUCCCAUCCUGAGAUGACGGAGCUGCGGUGCAUGAGCUUCACCGCCCAGUCACACAAGAUCCUAGUCGCGGGCUUACAAUCGAUCAUGUUUAUUAUCGAUGUUGAAAAGGGAACUAUUGUGGACCAAUUACCUACGGAGCAUCAUUACACCAUUUUUAAGAAGAGUCGAUAUUUAUGCGCAGCUACCGACUCUGGGUCCGUGAACGUGUUAAGUCUCAACGACUUUGCUGUGAUCAAAAGCUGGAAGGCACAUGGAGCUGUGAUUAACGAUAUGGAUUCACGGAAUGAUUUCCUCGUGACGUGUGGGUUUUCUGUUCGACAUCCCGGAUCACCGAUUGUAGACCCUCUCGCAAAUGUCUACGACCUUAAAACACUUAUGCCAUUACCACCUAUUCCUUUCCAUGCAGGUGCAGCCUUUGUUCGCAUGCAUCCUAGACUACAGACUACGAGCUUCAUCGCAUCUCAGACUGGUCAGCUGCAAGUUGUUGAUCUCAUGAACCCAAACACCAUUAAUCUCCGGCAAGCAAAUGUGGCCUUUAUGCUUGGCCUUGAGAUCUCACUUUCUGGAGAGGCCCUUGCUAUCAACGAUGCCGAAUGUUCAAUUCAUCUCUGGGGAUCCCCGGCGAAAAUCCACUUCAAUGAGAUAAGUCAAGAAACCGAGUUCGCUGAUGUCUCUACACGCUCCUCGAUACUUGAUUGGUCCAAUGAUACACCUCUUAGCCUUGUUGGUAUGCCAUACUAUCAUGAACGUCUACUCUCCGCAUGGCCCAGCCAUUUAGUUUUUGAAGUUGGAAAUGCGCCCUUUUCGAUUGAUCCCACUAUCCUUCCAUACCUACGCCCCAACGAUCUUGGUCAACACGCCCCAAACCCGCGAAGGAAACGACGCUAUCAAGUUGAAAAUACCCGUUUGCCAUCAACAACGGAAACUGCUUUAGCAGCACCAAAAUUUCUGAGCGAGAGAGCGAGAGAGCUUCCAAAGUCCGUCUCUGAGGCCUCACAGGAUGCCUCUAGCGCUUUAGACGGGCUAAAUAUCAAUGGUCAAGCGAAAGAGGAUCCUCUUUUGAAAUAUAGUAAUGUGGAGAUCAAAUAUAGCAAAUUUGGAGUGGAUGAUUUCGAUUUCAGGUACUACAACAAGACCAACUUCUCAGGAUUGGAAACCCAUAUUGCAAAUUCAUUCACAAAUGCUCUACUCCAGCUUCUCAAGUUUGUCCCAUUGAUGAGAAAUUUCGCCCUCCAUCAUGUUUCUGCUAACUGUCUCUCUGAGACAUGCCUGCUUUGCGAAAUGGGGUUUCUAUUUGACAUGCUUGACAAAGCGAAUGGUCAAAAUUGCCAAGCAACCAAUCUUCUAAAAACUUUCAGCAAUUUCAGAGAAGCUGCAAACUUAGGCUUACUGGAGGAGAGUUUGAGCAGUAAACCCCUGUCAUCUGCAAUCCAAUCGGUGAACCGUUUUUUCCUGAACCAAAUAUCGCAUGACUAUCGAAUGGUUUACCCAAAUUCGGAUGUUCUGGAUAACACCUUGAGUACUGCGGCUGUCGAAUCGAUAUGCUGCAUGCUUUGUCGCAACGAAAUCGUCCGUGCCGGAAAUGCCUUUGUAACAGAGCUAACAUAUCCCCCCAUUGAUCCAAAACACGCAGCUCGCAACCCAACCUGCCAAUUUUCGAAUAUCCUUCGCGCUAGUAUUGAGCGCGAAACCCAGAAUCGAGGAUGGUGCAGCACCUGCCGCAGAUAUCAACAAGUUUCCAUACGAAAAACAGUCCAACGACUGCCUCUUGUUCUAAUUCUAAACGCUGCAAUUAACAAUCCAACCAUCCGCCAGUUCUGGGCGAUUCCGGGUUGGUUACCUGAGAAAAUUGGAGUUAUGGUGAAGAACAAUCAACUCCAGUGCUACGAAGGAGAACAGCUUCGAGCUCUACAACUGGCAAAUCUAGAAGGGUUAGUGAUUUAUGAGUUGGUCGGCUUAGUGGCCGAAAUCGAUAUUGUGGAACAGAAGAAGCCACAUCUAGUCUCUUUCAUCGAUACAUCCAUCUCGGCGCGUGAGCCCACUGAAAAGAGCUCAUGGCAUCUUUUCAAUGAUUUUCUAGUUACAGAAGUUAGCAAAGAUGAGGUAUUUUCCUUCAACCAAACAUGGAAAUCACCCUGCACACUUGCGUACCAAGUCUCGACGGGUCGACAUGGACUGGACGACAGCUGGAAAAACGAAUUAGAUACCACUCUCCUAUUCUACGAGUGGUCUCUGAACAAUCGCCGCCCAAUCGACUCUUGCCACAUCCUGAAACCAGAGGAGAGGCCUGUUGCUGGAACACCAGUUGCUCUAGAUACUGAAUUCGUUGAUCUCGAGAAAGCAGAGAUCGAAGUGAAGGCAGAUGGUACUCAAGAAAUGAUUCGACCCAGCAAGAGUGGGCUCGCUCGAGUGUCUGUCAUUCGAGGUUCUGGCAACGAAGAAGGCAUUUCGUUUAUUGACGACUAUAUAACAAUCAAAGAUCCCAUUGUGGACUACGUAACCCAAUAUUCCGGUAUCAAGCCCGGUGAUCUCGACCCGCGUACAAGCCAACACAACCUUGUCGCUCUAAAGGUUGCGUAUAAGAAGCUGUGGCUCCUUCUAAAUCUUGGCUGUGUCUUUGUUGGCCAUGGUUUGGCGUCCGAUUUCCGAAAAAUCAACAUCCAAGUACCCAAAUCUCAGACCAUCGAUACACAAUAUCUUUUUUUCCACCCCGGCAAAAACCGUCGACUCAGCCUACGAUAUCUUGCAUGGGCGGUUUUUAAGGAAUAUAUUCAGGAGGACACUACCCUUUCAACCACCACAUCUACAUCUACCACAACCAAAGACCCUAACGCCUCUGGUGAACCGAAUACAAACACUACCAUUAUCACGGCCACGACUUCCGCCCUAUCACCCUCUGAAGGCCAUGAUUCUAUCGAAGAUGCCCGCAUGGCCCUCCGUCUUUGGAAGAAAUUCAAAGAAUACGAGGACGCAGGAAUAGUUAACCAAAUGCUCGAGGAAAUCUUUCGCGAAGGAUUAAAGGUCGGCUUUCGCCCACCGGCCCGCUACCCUCCAGUUUCGGGUAUUCCUAGCCCCAACAGCAGCAAUAACAAUAACAUUAUUAACGGCAGUGCAACCAUAAGUGGCACAUCUACCCCAGUUGCCACGAAUCCUGCAUCUCGCCUCCCUCCUAGCGGGAGAAAUACCCCGGACUUCAUUCGUCCAGCAUCUGCAUCGGCUGCUCCAUCCGUUGCUGGUCCAGCCGCAGGAAGCAGCUCAAACGGCAGUAUGAGUGGUAGCACCCCGUCAACACCACGCCAGGCGUUCCGACGAUCCGUUGCGUUGACACCAAGCACUGGCAGCUUUGGCGGUGUAAAAGGACUAACGUUUGGUGGAAGCCCGAUGCAUUAG